AUGCGGGGACUGCAGCACGAGAACAUCGUGCGUUACUACGAGCACUUCGUGCUGCGGCAGCAGCAGCAGCUGUUCAUUCUGAUGGAGUUCUGCGACGCGGGGGACCUGCAGCAGCAAAUCGAAAGGGCCCACAAGCACCUGGGGGGCAUCCCGGAGUCCAGCGUGCUGGCGGUGCUGCUGCAGCUGCUCCGCGCCCUCGCCUACUGCCACGAGGGAGUCG